AUGGGGGCUGGGGCCAGCGCUGAGGAGAAGCACUCAAGGGAGCUGGAAAAGAAGCUGAAAGAAGAUGCUGAGAAGGAUGCUCGAACCGUGAAACUGCUGCUUCUGGGUGCCGGUGAGUCCGGGAAGAGUACCAUUGUCAAGCAGAUGAAGAUCAUCCACCAGGAUGGGUACUCGCUGGAAGAGUGCCUCGAGUUCAUUGCCAUCAUAUAUGGCAACACGCUACAGUCCAUCUUGGCCAUCGUGCGCGCCAUGACCACGCUCAAUAUCCAGUAUGGAGACUCUGCGCGCCAGGACGAUGCCCGGAAGCUGAUGCACAUGGCGGACACCAUCGAGGAGGGCACGAUGCCCAAGGAGAUGUCAGACAUCAUCCAGCGGCUGUGGAAGGACUCGGGUAUCCAGGCCUGUUUCGAUCGCGCCUCGGAGUACCAGCUCAACGACUCUGCUGGCUACUACCUCUCGGACCUGGAGCGCCUGGUAACCCCGGGCUACGUGCCCACUGAACAGGACGUGCUGCGCUCGCGUGUCAAGACCACUGGUAUCAUUGAGACGCAGUUCUCCUUCAAGGACCUCAACUUCCGGAUGUUCGAUGUGGGCGGGCAGCGCUCAGAACGCAAGAAGUGGAUCCACUGCUUCGAGGGUGUGACCUGCAUCAUCUUCAUCGCGGCGCUCAGCGCCUACGACAUGGUGCUUGUGGAGGACGACGAAGUGAACCGUAUGCACGAGAGCCUGCACCUAUUCAACAGUAUCUGCAACCACCGCUACUUCGCCACCACGUCCAUCGUGCUCUUCCUCAACAAGAAGGACGUUUUCUUGGAGAAGAUAAAAAAGGCGCACCUCAGCAUCUGCUUUCCGGACUACAAUGGGCCCAACACAUAUGAGGACGCGGGCAAUUACAUCAAGGUGCAAUUCCUCGAGCUCAACAUGAGACGCGACGUGAAGGAGGUCUAUUCCCACAUGACGUGUGCCACCGACACACAGAACGUCAAGUUUGUCUUCGACGCUGUCACCGACAUUAUCAUCAAGGAGAACCUCAAAGACUGCGGCCUCUUCUGA